UCACUCACUCUCUGAACAGCGUGUGAAGCGUAUCGAGAAGGCAGUCUGGGAGCAGUCUGCACAUACUAUAUAUAAAAAAAUAUUUCUAAGCAUUUCACAAAAAGGCAAAAAAAUCGAGGUUGAAGAAAAGCAAACCCUUUCACAUACUCGAUCGGGAAAAUACCUCUAUAAAGCACGUAGAAACACUUUAUCUGCCGAUUGCAAUGCUUCAAACCAGGGAUCUCAUCUGGGCAUUGCUAUUCUUUGCCGCUGCAGAUUUGGGGUUUUCUUCCAAAGCCCCAUUACAAAUCACCAUUUCUCCACACCAAGGGGAAGUCAGUGUUGGAGAGUCCAAGUUCUUUCAGUGUGCAGUCAACCGUGAAGCAGAUGACAUCUCCUGGUACUCACCAACUGGAAAGAAAUUGGAAAGUAACCAGCAAGAAAUCUCUGUGGUCCGUAAUGAUGAGGUGUCCUCCACCCUUACAAUCUACUAUGCAGGCAUUGACGAUGCUGGAAUAUACAGAUGUGUGGCAACUGCUGAUGGAAAAGAAGCUGAAGCAACAGUCAGCUUUAUGGUUUUUCAAAAAUUGACCUUCCUAAAUGUUCCAUCACCUCAGGAGUUUAAUGAUGGAGAUGAUGCCAACAUAAUAUGCAACGUCACCAGCUCUCCUGCCCCCACUGUUAUCUGGAAGCAUGCGGGCAAAGAUGUUACUUCGAAGAAGGAUGUUCGUUUCAGCAUCCUUGGUAACAAGUACCUGCAGAUCCGGGGCAUCAAGAAGACAGAUGAAGGGACAUAUCGUUGUGAGGGCCGGAUCCUGGCACGUGGAGAGAUUGACUUCAGAGACAUCAAAGUCAUUGUUAACAUUCCACCAACUAUUCGAACAAGACAUGCAGAAUUGAAUGCAACAGCAGAUAUCGGAGCAUCUGUGACCUUAUCCUGUGAUGCUGAUGGAUUCCCUGAGCCAUCUGUGAGCUGGGCUCGGAAUAAAGUUGUUUUGGAAAGGGGUGAUAAAUACAGCUUUAACAGUGAUGGUUCAGAAAUGACUAUCUUUACUGUGAAGAAGGUCGAUCAAGGAGAAUACACCUGCAUUGCCAAGAACAAAGCUGGUGAAAAAGAACAAGAGAUCAGCCUAAAUGUUUUUGUAAAACCCAAAAUCACCUACUCACAAAAUAAGACAGCAUUGGAGCUAGAUGACCAGGUUUUGACAUGCGAAGCCGCUGGAGAUCCUACCCCAUCUAUCGUGUGGCGUUUUGGCAAUCGGGUAUUCUCUGAAGGAGAACAGCAUACGAAUGACAGGAUUUAUCAGGCUUCAUGGACCCGGCCAGAUACAUAUAAGACUUUGGAUGGCAGUUUCAUAGUGCGGAGUGAUGCCAGAGUUUCCUCUUUGACUCUCAAGAAUAUUCAGUAUACAGAUGCCGGACAGUAUAUUUGCACUGCCACCAAUGCUAUUGGACAAGAUUCUAAAUCCAUGUUCCUUGAAGUACACUAUUCCCCAAAGCUCCAAGGCACAGUAGCAGUGUACACCUGGGAAGGAAACCCUGUCAAUAUUACCUGUGAGGUCUUGGCUCACCCACAAGCCUCUGUCAUCUGGUUCCGAGAUGGCCAACAGCUUCCCAGCUCCAAUGCCACCAACAUCAAGAUUCACAACACCCCAACUAGCAGCCUUCUGGAGAUUACUCCUGAUUCCCAGAGUGACUUUGGCAAUUACAACUGCACAGCCUCUAACCGCAUAGGACAAGAUUCCAAAGAGUUCCUUCUUAUUCAAGCAGAGGUCCCAUCUGCCCCGAUGAUCAACAUUGUGGAACCAUUUUCCAGCACAGCAAAGAUUGAAUUUGAAGAGCCAGAUUCCUCUGGAGGUGUCCCCGUUCUGAAGUAUAAGGCAGAAUGGAGAGAGCUUGGCAACAUUCAUUGGUUCAAGAAAGAGUAUGAUGCCAGAGAUGUAUAUGCUGAAAACUUGAUUACCAUUUCUGGCCUUAAGCCCGAAACUAAUUAUGAAGUAAGGAUGUCUGCAAUCAAUGGCAAGGGAGAAGGAGAAUUCUGCCAGCCCUCUAUAUUCAAAACAGCACCAGUUCGAGAACCAAGUAUGCCUAAACUGGAAGGCACUGUACAGGACAAUGGAAACACUCUGAAGGUGAAGGUCAAAUGGAUCAAGCAAGAUGAUGGAGGUUCUCCCAUCAAACACUACCUGGUCAGAUACAAGACUAAACAAGUCCAGGACUGGAAACCUGAAAUCAAGCUUCCUGCUCUCAGUGAAUAUGCUAUUAUCACUGGCCUUGAAUGGAACACCGAAUAUGAGGUUUCUGUGGAGGCUGUGAACCAGCAGGGAAAAUCUAAGCCUGCGAUCUUUAUGUUCAGGACCUCUCCACAGCCAACUGCUAUGCCAGGUAAAAUAGCACAAAGCAGUGGUUUGAGCACAGGCGGCAUUGUUGGUAUCCUCAUCGUGGUCUUCCUCAUUCUGCUGGUGGCUGUGGACGUCACGUGUUACUUCCUCAACAAGUGUGGUUUGUUGAUGUGUAUUGC